ACUAGGUACCGAAUUAAACAAGCGAAAUUUUCGCAUUUACCUCAACCCGAUACUAGGUACUAGGUAGUUGGACCCUGGGAAAACGAGACGUUUAUAGAUACCUACCUACUUAACUAUGUCUGCGUUUGAUGGUAAAAUUAUUGCUAUUACGGGCGCCGCAUCUGGCAUGGGUCUUGCUACCGCAAGACUCCUUGCCUCUCGCGGUGCGGUAAUUUCUCUCGCUGAUAUCAACGAGGCCGCCGUAAAAGAGGCAACAGCGUCAUUACCGGAAAAUGACGACUACAAACAGCACAUGUACACUGUUGUGGAUGUACGAGAUAGUCGGUCGGUUGACGCAUGGAUUGAUAUCACGGUUCAGAAGUUGGGAAAACUAGACGGAGCUGUCAAUAUGGCCGGCAUCAUUAAGCACGCAGUCCCAGUGGUCGAGUCAACGGACGAAGAUUGGGAUUUUACCUUUGCAGUCAACGUGCGGGGAGUUUUCGCCUGUCUACGAGCUCAGAUUAAGGCGAUGACAGCUGGAGGUAGUAUCGUUUCCGCCGCAAGCGUCUUCGGUCAAUUCGGUGCUCCCGGGAACGCUGCAUACUGCGCCAGCAAAGCUGCUGUAAUCGGACUCACGCGAACGGCAGCAAAAGAAAACCAAAAUGUCCGAAUAAACUGUGUCUCGCCAGGUUCCGUAAGAACACCACUCUCGGAUGGGGAAGAUCUAGAAGUUGUGAAGCGCAAUCUUCAGCACACGGCACAGAAGCGAAGAGCUGAGCCAGACGAGAUAGCACGUGUGAUAGCUUUCUUGCUGAGCGACGAGGCUUCAUUCGUAACUGGAGCAGUUUACAACGUCGACGGGGGGUGGGUCUGCUAAAGUCUGUACCCGAUUUAGUUGACAAUAGGUGGUAAGCUGCCCCGGUGAACUCCAAUUCCCGACUGACAGCGGCCAUCCACUAUAACGUGGUGGAUGGACUACUAUUUUUCGAUUGAGUACUAGGUAUACUGCUAC